CAAACAAAUAUUGCAAGUCACAUCCUCAUAUUAUUGCGUUCCCAACUUAUUCAGAUACAACCUGGAAUUCCCCCUCCAAUUCCACCACGUACGUUCCAAAACAUCGUGAAUAUUUUUGACUUCUGUUCUGUUGGGUCUCCCCAAUUCUUGGAAUCUGUCGAAUUUCCCUGCGCCCUCAUCCGCUUGAACAGACAUGAAUACCGUACUAAAACAGGGCUUUGGACUGAAACUCAUCCUUGAAGUGCUUUAUAGGCUCGUUCUCACCGACGAAGGGAUGUGCAUGACAAGGUUGUAAAAGCCGACGGAUCGACCAGAGUGUUAGUUAUUUAGUUCUGACGAGUGGGUACAAAACGAUCGAACAGGCGAACGAGCGAGCGAGAGACGGGGUACGUACACUUACAUUCGAACUAGAGCCAUUUGAAAAACUAAGACGGAGAAGGAAAACUGGAAAUUCCCUCAAAUCGUGAGCUCUCAGACAUAUAAGUUCCCGGAUUGUGGAAUUGAAUUCAGUAUGAAUUAAGUUGUCACAGUGAACAGACAGAAUAGUAUCAGAGAAUCAUGAAUUGGACCAAGAAACCGGGUCUAGCCCGAAGUGGAUUGAGCGUGUUGUGGACCAUUCUCCUUUUGAGUGGUUGGGCUCGUGCUGAAGACGACGACCAAUGCUCUCUGCCCAAAGAUGCCGGACGAUGUCGGGCCAUGAAACCAGGAUAUUUCUAUUUCAAUAGUGAAACGAAGCGAUGUGAGAGCUUCUUCUACUCGGGUUGUGGUGGGAAUGAAAAUCGAUUUCGCUCUCUCCAAGAAUGUCACGACACCUGCCAACAUCUCAUGGACGAGGAUAAGCGCGUUCCCCUGACACAUCUCAAGAGCAGCCAUUGUCUUUUGGGGCCGAUCGAUGCCGACCAGAAGUUCACUUGCAUGGCUUACUUUCCCAUGUAUACGUUCAAUGUCAAGACAUUGCGAUGUGAGAAGUAUGGCUAUGGUGGAUGCGGUAGAACUCAGAAUCUGUACCGGACAAUUAUAGAAUGCAUGUCUUCAUGUCUGUACGGCGAUGUGCCAUCUCGAGGUCGCUCUCAAGUAAGGAGCAUGUUCCGGGGAAGAGCCAAACCCGAGGUCGAGACAGGAUCGGUGAUCUUCCCGGGUUCUAACCCUGACGAUAUUUGCAACCUACCCCCCGUGACGCCAUCCAAAUUUGCAUGCUGCGAAAUGUUUCUAUAUGGAGGUUGUGGAGGCAACGGCAAUCGAUUUUCUACUGUUCAAGAUUGUGUAAACACUUGCGGCGGUUCAGAUCCUGAAACAAAUCCUGUUUGUUCCAUGAUCGAUUGCGAUCAGCAAAUGGCAGAUUUCUAUCGAGCCAAAGGCUGCCAACCCAUUCUCAACUCGGGCGAAUGCUGUCCUUCAUCUUGGGAUUGCACAAUCUGGGAUGAGAGAAUAAUGAGAAAGGACGAAUGCUUCGUGGCCAAUUCCAAGUUUCCAAUGGGCAAGUUCUUCAAACAAGAUGAGGCCAUGCCAGAGUUAGACGAUGGAUGCACCAUGGGAUGCUUUUGUGCAACCAGUGGAUUAGAUAAGAGGUGGGCUUCGCCGAUCUGCGCUGCUGUGGAUUGCAUGUUUAGUCAACCACCUCCCGACGCAGUCAAGUGCCGACCCAUUUACGACAACCAAAACCAAUGCUGUUCCAAAGGCCUGGUUUGCGACGAGGAGUUGGACAAUUUACCCCAAUGUCACGUGGGCAACAAGACAUAUGGUCAUGGGCAACUGAUGGAGAUUCCUAGCGAUCCGUGUAUGAAAUGCCUCUGUAAAGACGGGUUCACUGAAGACAACAUUGGAUCCGAUGAGUUUUGCCACCGUACAGACUGCUUCUCUGCAUACAAUAGCGAAAAGUUGCUCCAAGGCUGCCGACCAGUAUUCCAGAUUGGAGUCUGUUGUCCCAUUGAUUGGAUUUGCCCUAGACAUUCAGAUUCUGUGGAGCUUACUCGCCAGUCGCAAUCAUUCCAAGACAAUGAUGAGGAAGAAGGUGAAAUGGAGGAAGAAGAAAAUGUUACUUCAGGACCAGAAGUAACGGCCAAAAGUCCAAUUUGUAUGUUGCCACUCGUGGAAGGGAGUUGCAAAAGCCGGAUGAAACGAUUCCAUUACAACAGCACAACCGGUAUUUGUCAGCAGUUUGAUUAUACUGGCUGUCAAGGCAAUGAAAACAAUUUCAAGGACAUGAGGACAUGCAUUCAAACUUGCGUCACAACAGACAAUCUGCCUUCAGCCUUGGAAUCGAAACCGUCAGGGACUGAAACGAAUCCUUGUGAACAGGUUCAAGAACGUGGACCUUGCAAGGCUAAACGCCCAGUCUUCUUUUUUGACAAGGACUCAAAAACAUGUCAAAUUUUCUUCUAUGGAGGCUGCAAGGGUAAUGAUAACCGCUUCAAGACGUUCCAAGAAUGUUCCAAUACCUGCCACGUGGACAUUGUGGCUCAAAAAGCGAUCAAAGAGAAAUGCAAUCUACCCAAAGAUGAAGGAGAAGGUCGUGCCUCCAAGAAACGAUGGUUUUUCAACGCUGACGUGAAUAAAUGCGAGCAAUUCAUCUAUUUUGGAGCCCUGGGAAAUGCCAACAACUUCCAGACCCGAGAGGAGUGUUUUACUUCUUGCCUUUUAAACUCUAACGAGCUUGAUGACUCCAAUUCGUCGUCUGGGGAGGGCAGAAGCAUUUCCUCUUCAGCGACCGCAGAAGCAUUGAGCGGCAAUACUUUGCCUCUGCCUGACAUACAAGAUCCAAAGGAUGAGAUGUUCAUGAGGGCCAACCAAAUUGAAACCCAAUUGUCUGCGGCUGAUCCCUGUCUGUUGGAUCGCAAGAUUGGUCUGUGUCGAGCCGCCAUUCCUCGCUACAACUUCGAUAGGGAAACCAAGGAAUGCACCAAGUUCUCUUUUGGAGGUUGCCAAGGAAACGCGAACAACUUUGUAACGAAGGAAGAUUGUGAAAGCAAAUGUCAAAAACAUAUGAUUGAUGGAACUGCCUCACCAUCGGUGGAAGCCACUGGCCGCAAUGGAAUCAACUCCAUAUGCAAUCAACCAAUGGAUGUUGGAACUUGUCGAGCUUUGAAGCGUCGAUUUUUCUUCAAUAACCAACGCUCCCGUUGUGAAGAGUUUUUCUGGGGAGGUUGUGGUGGGAAUCAAAAUAGAUUUUCCUCCAAGCAAGAAUGUCAAGAACAAUGCCUCAAAGGGACCGAAGAUGUCUCCGAUGACUUCUCGGCGAGAGGCCUGUUCUCAGGGGAUCACUCCUCACGAGCAAUCGUGUUCCCAAUGCCCGAUCCCACGUGUCAAUCCAAUAAUGAGACCUACAAUUUGGGCGAUGAAAUCAGAUUCGCUGACAAGAAAUGUCAGAUUUGCACCUGCUCCACGCCGCCAGAGUUGACUUGUGUUGAAAAGAAAUGUCCCAUCAUUGCCUUUGUGGAGCCUGAGGAGCUAUUUUGCAAGCCUGUGCGAGAUGAAGAUGGUUGCUGUCAGGUUGGAUUGCAAUGUGUUUCUCGGAAUCCCCCCACUGUUAAUCCAGAUGGAGUCUGUGACCUUAAGCCUUGCCCUGCCCUCGGUCUGUUGAAACCAGCAGGUGCACAUUGCACCGAAAAGUUCGACCCCUCCGGCUGUUGCCAUAUUGGCUACGACUGUUCUGAUGACAACAAACCGAUCGACAAUGAUGAUCUAACAAUUGUCAACUUGGACGGCACGUCUCGGUAAGAGCGGUGCAUUAAUAAGCCAUGCACCUUGAGGGGCUUUUUGCCAAAACCAGGCAUGGUGUGUAUACCGGAAUUUGACGCCGAUGGUUGCUGUCAAAUUGGCUUGAAUUGCGUACCCAAAAUUGCGCCUUCCAUUGACAACAUCGAUCUUACACGUCAAGAACGUUGUAAGGGCAGAAUGUGUAACCUCAGAGGAUAUCUCCCAAAGCCCGGCCACACAUGCACCCCUGAAAUGGACGAGGAUGGUUGCUGCCAGAUUGGUUUGAAUUGCAUUCCUGAGGAUGCGCCCUCGAUUGACCGCAUUGAUGUUCUCGAUAUUUCUCGACGAGAACGAUGCCGAAGCCGUCGUUGUCCCUUGACUGGAUUUAGGCCCAAUCCAGGGCACACUUGCACCCCUCAAUAUGAUGAGGACGGCUGUUGUCAAACUGGAUUGGAGUGCAUUCCUGAUCAAGAUCCUGACAUGCUCAAUAAAGAACUGGCCCGCCGAGAACGAUGCAAAGGAAAGCGUUGCACCCUUCGAGGGUUCCUUCCUAAACCUGAUAUGAUUUGCACACCAAAAUUUGACGAUGAAGGCUGUUGUCAAAUCGGACUGGAUUGCGUGCCUGAGGAGCCCCCGGUAAUCCGACAGUGUGCCUUGUCCGAUUGUGAAUCAAUCGAUAUCGAGCCACCCCCUGAUAGCCGAUGCGAGGUGAUUUUGAGCCCUGAUGGAUGCUGCUCCGUUGGUCUUCAAUGUGUUCCAAAUAAGGCCCCUGUUUUCGAACGGCCGAAAACCGUAAACCUCCGUUGUGCCAAUAAGAUUUGCAACCUGAUGGGCUUUUUGCCUCCCCGUGAAGGGGGCGUGUGCAAAAAAGUGAUGGACGUCGAUGGGUGCUGCCAAGUGGGAUUAGAUUGUGACUCUGCCAAUUAAAUUUGCUUUUCCAAUAAUGUGAAAACAUAAUUUAUAAAUAUCAACUAAAAUCAUAUCUUAUACACCAUGAUUCAUCUGUGAUUCUUUUGUAAUAUCAUAGAAAACCGCGCCUUGAAGUAAAUAUAUAUCAACCAAAAUA